AUUCAUUCAUAUUAAAGCUUAAAAUUCAGUAGAUUCAGAUAGAAGUGCGUGUCCGCAUAGCAAUGAAGAAGCUGACCAGAAAUUUGAGAAAAUCUAGUGACGAAUCUCUGCCGACAUGGGCUGAUUCUUCGCUCGAUGAUUCUCGUCCCAUGGACGCCCAAGAGCAAGAGGAGUUGGUUAGAUCUCUUGAAAGAACCCAAGCACAGCAAUCUUAUUUAUGGACGAGAGUAUUUGCAGGACUUUUAUUCUGCUACGCUGCGUUUUAUCUUUGCACCAUUUACCAGCAAGCAACUGCUCCAUGGGAAUUGAGACAUCAUGCUUACUUCAUGGAAGAUAUCAAUUCAUGGACUGUAAUAUGUGCAGAUUGGGUGGCUGUUUUAAUAUGCUCAACAACCAUCGCGGGGCUGCUUCAUACUUCUAAGCGUCACAGGCAGUGGAUUUGGUACUCGUGCUUUGCAGGGCUUGUAUUGGCAAUUUUCUGGCUAAAUUACAUGCUGAGAAUGUCAAGAUUUCGAUGGGAUAUUCUAUGGCUUCCUUUCGGUCCUCUUAGUGGAGCUAGCCUUUGUCUUUAUGUUGACCAUAUACUUACCGAAUCAUCGGCAGAAGUCAGAAAACUUAGAGGCUACAUGUACGCGUUUAAGGCCAGCUAAAUUUCUGUUUGAUCUGAACUCUCAUUUACUAGCUAUGGGGGUGUAUUGAGCAGCUUGAGCUCAUGUAAUGAUUUUCAAGCAUUAGCAGGAUGCUAAAAAGAGUUUGCUCGAGUCGCUGAAAUACAGGAAUAUCAUUCAUACUGAGAAACAACCCAAACCUUCCUCUCUUCAGACAGAUUACAUGUGCUUGAAGUUCGCAUAGUUGUUGAGAAUCUUGAGAUGUACUUGAUUUUAUCAUUUUUGUGUCCACAUAUGGUCAGAUAAGUUUAUUUACCAUAAUUCUCAUUACAAUUGUUGCUUUCUUUUUGUACCUUAAGAAGUGCAUUACCAAAUAAUUUAUAACAAUUGGCAAGCAGUCCAAAGUAAAUUCUUCCCCAUUGAUCGAUUA